AGAAGCUGCUGCGGCCAUCCCAUCCGCCGCCGCCUGCGCUCCGCGUGGGGACCAGAAGACGCCUCUUUUUGUGCUCCCUUCAACCCAGAAAAACUUCUCCCGGCUCGGAGGCGUCCAAGCAUGUUCCAGUGGAAGAAAACCCUCUACAGAAGCGUCUUCCUAUCCUUCCUGCUUGUGGUGACGGUGACAGUCUUGCAGCGGGGUAUGGCACCCAGCCAGUUGCUCCAGGGCCAGCCGCAAAAAGAACUCGCGGCCCAGGAGUCUGUGAAAGCUCAGAAGCGGGACGGCAUGCUCCCCGUCGCCAGUGACUUCUGGAAGAAGCAGGGCCCGGGUCUCAAGGCCACGGAAGCGACGGAGAAGGCGGUGUGGUCUUGGGACGUCACCUCCGUCAACUGCUCCGCCAACCAGAACUUCAGCAAGGAGGACUGGUUCAAAGGCCUGGAGCCCAACUUCCGGCAGUUCAUGCUGUACCGCCACUGCCGCUAUUUCCCCAUGCUGAUCAACCACGCGGAGAAGUGCCGCGGGGACAUCCACCUGCUGAUUGUGGUGAAGUCCGUCAUCACCCAGCAUGACCGGCGAGAGGCCAUCCGCAGGACGUGGGGCCAGGAGAGAGAGGUGGAGGGCAGGAAGGUGCGGACCCUCUUCCUCCUGGGCGUUGCCUCCAAGGAAGAGGAGCGGGCCAAUUACCAGAAGCUCCUCGACUACGAGGACCGCAUCUACGGGGACAUCUUGCAGUGGGACUUCCUGGACAGCUUCUUCAACCUCACCCUCAAGGAAGUGCACUUCCUCAAGUGGUUCAACAUCUACUGCGACCACGUGCGGUACAUCUUCAAGGGCGACGACGACGUCUACGUGAGCCCCGGCAACAUCCUGGAGUUCCUGGAGGACCAGAAGGCGGACAACCUGUUCGUGGGGGAUGUCCUCUUCAAGGCCCGGCCCAUUCGCAAGAAGGAGAACAAGUACUACAUCCCCAACGCCUUGUACAACAAGAACACCUACCCGCCUUAUGCAGGGGGCGGUGGUUUCGUCAUGGAUGGCCCCCUGGCCAAGAAGCUCCACAGAGUCUCGGAGAGCCUGGAGCUCUACCCCAUCGACGACGUCUUCUUGGGCAUGUGCUUGGAGGUCCUCAAGGUGACGCCCGUGGCCCACGCCGGCUUCAAAACAUUUGGCAUUGUGAAAAACAAGAACAGCAAGAUGAACAAGGAGCCUUGCUUCUACCAGAGCAUGCUGGUGGUCCAUAAACUCCUCCCUUCGGAGCUGCUGGCCAUGUGGGAUCUGGUCCACAGUAACUUGACGUGCUCCAGAAAGCUCCAGAUCCUUUAGCUCUCCCUGUUAUCUCUGUCUGAGGGGGAAACGCUUAAGGGGAAGACAUUGAUUGCUCAGAGCCAUGGGCCAACACCCAGCGCCGUCUUUUCCAAUGGUGUUGAAGGAGGAACCAUAUAUUUUUGGGAAGGGGGUGUUUGAAUGGGGACCAGAAGCUCUGAAAAGUUGAUUUUG